UUUUUUUCUGUGGCCUGAUAUUCCACCUCUGUGACUUUGCUGGAUACCCAAGACUGUGUGCUCCUUUGCUACAUCCACCCGCCUCAGACAUAAGAAUGCCGGACCUGAUUUCUGUCCAAGACUUCAUCUCUCAAACCCAAGAGGAUCUGAGCUCCCCAACAACCUCCUCCUUUACUAGCCACAUGGGCAAAUGCAGGAACACGGUUUGCAGCUUAGAGGAGGAUCUGGAUUCAGAUCGAACUGUUCUGCAAAAAAUGAGGAAAGCAGUCAAAGCAGAGCACACAACUGGACAAGAUCUCAUUAGCCACUUAGAUGCCCAUAUUGCUGCCCUGGAGAAAUUUUCAGGAAACUAUCACAACAGUGGAGAUGAAAAGCUGUCUGAAGCUUUUACCACCUUUGCUUCAUUUUCACAAGAGCUGCUAGAAGCCAUCAAGAGCCUGUUGCUGAGCCUCUAUCAUAACAUUCAGUUUUCUCUGGAUUCACUGAUCAAGGGAGAUUUCAAAGGGGAUUUUAAAAAGCCUUUUGAAAAAGCUUGGAAGGACUAUGAAAGCAAACUUGGAAAGAUAGAGAAAGAAAAGCGCGAGCUGGCGAAACAGUAUGGAAUGGUGAGGACAGAGGUUUCUGGAGGAGAGAUUGCAGAGGAAAUGGAAAAAGAGCGAAGGAUGUUCCAGUUACAUAUGUGUGAGUACCUAAUUAAAGUGAACGAGCUUAAAACCAAGAAAGGAGUUGACUUGCUGCAGAAUAACAUCAAGCACUGCAACUCCCAGUUCAAUUUCUUCCAGAAAUGUUUAAAGGCAACAGAGAAGCACAAGCAGUUUAUAGAGAAAUUAACCCCUGAGCUUCAGAGUAUGAAAUCAAAGCAGGAAGAGGAGAAGAAACAGUUAUGUUCCCUUCGGGAUCAGCUCAAAUCAGCAUUGCAGUUGGAACCCAGAGAGCAGAAUUCUGUGAGCAAGCCGGUGAGGUAUAGCAUGCAUCAGCUCCAGGGAAAUAAGCAGUAUGGCACAGAGAGAUCUGGGAGCCUCUUUAAGAAAAGUGAUGGCUUAAGGAAAGUCUGGCAGAAGAGAAAGUGCACAGUCAGGAAUGGCUAUCUUACCAUUUCACACAGUACAUUAAAUCGUCUUCCGGUGAAGCUGAAUUUGCUCACUUGUCAAGUUAAACCAAAUGCGGAUGACAAGAAAUGUUUUGAUCUUAUUUCACAUAACCGGACAUAUCACUUCCUGGCAGAGGAUGAACAAGAAUGUAAUAUAUGGGUUUCUGUUUUGAGUAACAGUAAAGAAGAAGCUUUGAACGUGGCCUUCAAACAAACCCAUGACAAGGAUGGAUACAACAUGGAGAAUCUGACGGGAGCAAUCAUUGAGGAAAUAAAGCACAUGCCAGGAAACAACAUGUGCUGUGAUUGCUCAACACCAGAUCCAGCUUGGCUCUCCAUUAAUUUGGGGAUCUUAAUUUGCAUUGAAUGUUCUGGGAUUCACCGAGAGUUGGGUGUUCAUCACUCCCGCAUCCAAUCUUUAGCCUUGGACAAAUUGGCCACCUCAGAGCUUCUGUUGGCUAAAAAUAUUGGAAACUCACGAUUUAAUGACAUAGUAGAAGCCAACCUUCCCAAUUCAUCUUCAAAGCCAACCAAGGACAGUGCAAUGACUCAUCGGAAACAUUUCAUAAUUUCGAAGUAUGUUGAUAGGAAGUAUGUUAUUCCAAGAAUCAUGAGGAGUCCAGUUGCCAAGCUCAAGAAUUUGGAGAAUGCUGUCAAAGAGAAGGAUAUAUUUAUUUUGCUUCAAGCAUAUGCAGAAAAAAUGGAUUUAAGUGAGCCUGUUUUGGAAAUUAGCCAGGAACCUGGAGAGACACUUCUUCAUCUGGCAGUCCUAGUUAGUGACCGAACCUCUUUGCAUAUUGUAGAUUUUCUGGUGCAGAACAGUGGGAGCCUGCUGAAACAGACAUCCAAGGGAAAUACUCCCCUUCAUUAUUGCAGCCUUCAUAAUAAACCUGAAUGCAUAAAACUCCUUCUGCGAGCAAAAGCCAACAUCACAAUCACUAACGAAGCUGGAGAGACCGCCCUUGAUAUUGCUAGGCUAUUGAAUCACACUACAUGUGAAGAACUGCUAUUAAAGGCUGAAAAUAAUCAGUUCAAUAUGCGGGCCCAUGUUGAAUAUGAGUGGCAGCCAGGCCAAGAGGAGAUCUUUGAAAGUGAUGAUGAAUUGGAUGAAAAGCCCUAUCUGGUGAAAAAAGAUCACUUUCAUCGCCCACAAAGCUGCUACAAUCUUCCUGGGCCAGCCUCUCAGUCAUGGAAGAAUCCAGCCGACUUUUUCAGAGGAACCAGUCCAACAUCCCAGAACAAAUGCCAUGAUUUAUAUUCUACACCACAUGCCUCUAGAUCUGCUGAAACAUCUCCUCCCACUUUUGCCUGUUCAGGCCCUCCACUGCCACCACGCAAUCCACCCAGAGCCCCCAGCUUCCCUCCGCCAUUACCCCCAACCAGCAACUCUGUCUAUCCUGUAGAUACAGUAACUAAAAGAGCUGCGCCUCCACCUCUGACCAUUAGGCAUAAGCGGACCUCUUCAGAGCCUCUCCCCUCUACACCAUUGAAUCACAGUCCUUCUGAUGAUUCUAGAUCUUUCUCACUUCCAAGGCGCUGCUCUCCAGAAGGAGCUUCUCCUAGGAGUUUGAGUUCUCAGCCAUCUGAACUCUCUGAAGAUUCCUGGCAGCAAGCUGCCUCAAACCAAAACUCAAGAGAGAAUCACUGGGCUUCUUCUCGGUCUUCUGAAUCAUCAGAUGACAUUCCUCCACCACUGCCAAAAAGGGGACAUGUGAAUACAUCCUGUCUGCAUCGUGUCAGAGCCCUUUAUGAUUGUCAGGCUGAUCAUGAAGAUGAACUCAGUUUCACGGCUGGAGAAAUCAUUAGAGUAGAAGGACAAGAGGACUGCAACUGGUGGCAUGGCAGGAUUGAAGGAUACCCUCACAGAAAAGGUGUCUUCCCAGUGUCAUUUGUUUAUAUACUACCUGAAUAAGAAUACAUCUAAUUCACUCAAAAUACAAUUCAUUCUACUGUAAGAGGGCCUCCUGCCCUCUCAAAGCACAAUCAAUAGUUGUAAAGAAACACUUACUGGAGAUAAAAUACAAAUUAUUGGUACUGAAAUGUCAUACAGAGGAUUAACAUCUCCUUAAAUCAUUGGCAAGAAGUCCAUUGAAUUUUUAAAAAAAUUAUACCGGAAUUACAAGAGCUAUUUGAUGAACUCAUCAAACAUAUGUGUGUUAAUGGUGCAAUUUCUUGCUGUCAGUGUUUGUGCAUGAAUGCAAGCGGUACAUGGGUACAUUUCAAACGCCACUAUCAUCCAGUUGUUAGGCUAGAAAAUGAUUUAAGCAAAAAGACCUCACUGUCUAAAAUUUAGCAGUAUACAGAAUAAUAUAAUUCACAAUAAUAAGAGAUAAGAAAGACAAGAAAUGAAUCAAACAUGUCAUAAGAAGAUAAUUGCUUAUUUCUAAAUGUCAGAAACACAUAAGAAAAAAUGCAAAUGUGUAGUGUUUCUUUAUACUUCUCUUCCCUGUAUUCAUGAAACAUGAAGGAAAACAUUUUCAGAAACAAUGCUUUAGGACAGGGGUCUCCAACCUUGACAAUUUUAAGAGUUGUGGACUACAGCUCCCAGAGUUUCUCAGCCAGCAAAGCUCCACAAGUCUUAAAGUUGCCAAGGUUGGAGACCCCUGCUUUAGGAUGUCUAUGGAGAUUUUCAGUCAGCCAGGUCAUGGUUGUCCCAAAAGUGCUUUUACAAAAGGCAACUGGACUUUGCUUUUCCUUGAAGACCUUUGAGAAGUGAAACUUUGGGACAAUCUCUUAGGAAUUGCAAAUUUCCAGUAUAUUCGUUUUUGAGGUAAAACAAUCAUAUUGUUCCUGAUUUUUCUAUAAAUCUAAUGUGCAAUAUAUGUAUUCCUAAGGAUUCCUACUGAGGUAUGAAGAAGAAUGUCGGAAAUAAAAAUCGUAAAAUAUAUUUCAGUUUCUGAAAACCCAUCCAGUCCUUUCUUGAAAACAUUGUUUAUUAUGGAAAGAAAAUAAUACAUACACAUUCAGAGACUUUUAAAUUUUCCAUUCUUCUCCUACUAUUCAUAAUAAAGUCUUAGAAUAAAUAUGGUAUGUUGAAAUUUCAUUUUCCCUAAGUUAAAAGGGCUAAUUCUUUUAAAUCGCCUUAUAUGUUUCUACUAAUGCAAAAUGAUGCUAUUAAUACAGAAUUUUUCUAUUUGCUAUUAGGUUACUAAAAUAAAUAUGGUACCCCAAAUGUCUUAAUUGUGGUUUAUAUUAUAGUACUUCUGUUUAUUAAUAAUGUGAUAUUCCCUCUUUAAUAGCAAUUUGAUCCUUGUUUCUGAAUUAAAUAUAGCUCAUAAUCAUAUCUCUUAUCUAUGCCAACUAAACUGAUAAGAGGAUUAGAAAAUAUUGACACUGAAAACAGCAGGACUAUAUAUUAUCUCAUCUAUUUGAUUUUUUUAAAUUUUGGUUCAAAUUCAUUCUCAAAAAUUAUCUCUGUCUUCCUUGGUAUUAAUAGUAAUUUACUAAAUCAUAAAUUGUUGUUACUAGAAUAGAAGAAUCCUAUUUUUAUUAAUCCUCCUCCCCAUACAAAUGUCUUUUGAAUGCCACUCUACCUUGGUUUAUUCUUUGCUGUGUUGUUUCCAGUAUAAAAAAGAAAUGUUCUCAAAAGUAGAAUUGGGAAGUAGCUAUACGUUGACACAGAGAAAUAACCUUAAUAUGACUGUUUAUGGAACCUAGAUAUUUCUAUCUUUGUGUAUAUAAAUAUAUUAGAGUAGUACAAGUGUUUUUGAAUGAGAUGCAAAUAGAAAUGCAAUUCCAAAUAGCAACAUUAACACAACUACUAUGUAAUUUUAAUGUUACUUAAAUUUAAUAAAUAACACUAAAAUUUAAAAAACAGAAUGCUAAUGCUUUUUAAUAUUUUAAUUAAAAUUUUAUAUUACAAUAAAGUAUAGAAAAAAAGAAAAGGAAUAAG